AUGAACGUGAAAACCGUGCUCCUCCUCCUCGGUCUGGCGCUGGCCACGAUAUUCGCCUUGGUCUGCGUGUUGCUGACCAGAGGAAGGGCCCCCAGCACCUGCCAGCACCUGCCCCCGGAGCAGGAGGACACCGAGGAUGGCCAGAGCCUGGUCUUUGCUGACCUGACACCCGAGGAGAUGGCGCACGUGGUGCGGUACCUGCGGGGAAACCUCGGGGUGCCGCUGGUCGAUGCCUCGCACGCCAAGCCCUUGGACAACUGCAUCGCCUCCGUGGACCUGCAGGUCCCUGCCAAGGCGGAGGUGCUGUGGUUCCUGGACGGCGGGGGGGCUCGUCCCGCCCGGGAGGCACUGGCCGUGCUGUACUUUGGGAACCAGCCAGACCCCAACGUCACCGAGUACGUGGUGGGUCCCCUGCCCACGCCGGCGUACCACCGGGACGUGACGGUGCGGAAGUACGGGGGGAAGGUGCCGUACCACCGCAGGCCUGUUACUGGCAAGGAGUACACGGAUAUCAACGCGCUCAUCCAGAGGGAGCUGAAAAAGGCGCCGCAAUUCCUCGCCACGUGCUGCGAGUCCGACGGGACCGACCUGGCCAUCCUCACCACGGCCCCGCGGGGCUUCAGGUCUGGCGACCGCACAACCUGGUUUGUCCUCUUCCACAACGUGGCUGGCACCGGCUACUACCUGUCACCGGUGGGGCUGGAGGUGCUGGUGGAGCACAGGGACCUCCACGUCUCCCGCUGGCAGCUGCGCAAAGUCUUCUACAAUGGCCAGUACUUUGCCAGCACAGAGGAUCUGGAGCAGGAGUUUCUGGCCCGCACGCUGGAGGUCGUCAGGCUCAAGAAGCCCCAGGCUGAUGCAGUGCUGGGCUCGAUGAGGCCCCGCCACCCACCCAGCUCCCUGGGUCCACUGCAGUUUGAGCCCCAGGGUCCCCGCUACAACGUCAGGGACAAUCACAUCACCUACCAGGGCUGGAGCAUCACCUUUGGCAUGAACCCCAACUCUGGCCCUCACUUCUUUGACAUCAGGUACCGGGGGGAGAGGAUUGUCUAUGAGCUGAGUCUCCAGGAAGCCUUAGCCCUGUAUGGCUCCAACUGCCCCGGGGGCAUGUCCACCCGCUACCUGGAUGGGAGCUUUGGCAUCGGCAGGUUUGCCUACGAGCUAGUCCAGGGCCUCGACUGCCCCUACACGGCAACCUAUGUGGACUGGCACUACCUGGCAGAGUCAGAUACUCCCAAAACCAACCAAAACUCACUCUGCAUUUUUGAGCACGACUCUGCCCUCCCCCUGCGGCGCCACUUCUCUGACUCACAGUCCUUUUACUACGGUGGGCUGCGGAAAAACACGCUGGUCAUCAGAACCAUCUCCACGCUCAUUAACUACGACUACAUCUGGGACUUCAUGUUCCACGGCAGUGGGGCCGUGGAGGUCCGUGUGCAUGCUACUGGCUACAUUAGCACCUCCUUCCUCCACGGCCAAGGCACUGACUAUGGCAACAGGGUUGGGCCCCACACCCUGGGAACGAUGCACCUCCACCACAUGCACUACAAGGUGGACCUCGAUGUCGGCGGUAGGUCUGGCCACCUUUGCUCGUGGCUGUGGUUCACCGACAUGGAGUACGAGAUUAUCAAAGAUCCCUGGAGCACGCAGAACACCAUAGAGCGCCCAUACCUCCGCAGGAAAAGGCUGGAGAGGGAGGAUGAGGCAGCAUUCCCUCUCAAUGCCCCCAUGCCCCGCUACCUCUCCUUUGCCAGCCCCAAGCCCAACAAGUGGGGGCACCCCCGCAGCUACCGGAUCCAGAUCAUCAGCUUUGCCGGGAAGCACCUGCCCAUCAGCAGCUCCAUGGAGCGGUCUGUCAGCUGGGGCAGGUACCAGCUGGCUGUCACCCGGAGGAAGGAGGAGGAGCCCACCAGCACCAGCAUCUACAACCAGAAUGACCCCUGGACUCCCACUGUCGCCUUCGCCGACUUCAUCAACAACGAGACCAUCGCUAACGAGGACCUGGUCGCCUGGAUCUCUGUGGGGUUCCUGCACGUCCCCCACGCUGAAGACGUCCCCAACACGGUGGCCGUGGGGAACAGCGUUGGCUUUUUCCUGAGGCCCUACAACUACUUCAACGAGGACCCCUCAGUGGACUCACCUGACAGUGUCUAUUUCAGCAGUGAGCAGGACGCCAGGGCAUGCGGGGCCAACCCCCUCGCCUGCCUGCCCACGGCUGCUGCCUGUGCCCCCCACCUUCCCCCCUUCCACUUUGGGGGCUUCCUCAACCUCAGCCUGGCACCGCCACCCGGUGGGCUCUGAGGGGCCAGGGCCUGCUGCCCCCU